AUGUUGACUUUGGAAUUAGUUAUGGUCAAUUGAUAGGGGGUAUAGUUAAUAGACCCUUUUUUUUAGGAGAAGGAAAAGCCUUAAAGUAACGAAUUGUAAUCUGAUUCAUAAAUUAGCUUUCUGGCAAAAUCUGCAACCGCGGGUAUGGAACAAAAGGUAGUGGAAGCAGUCCUUGGGCCUGCUGUGCAGCUUACACUUUCCAAGGCAGUUUUACAAGAUGCAGAGGAGAAACAUGUCAGAGAUGGGUCUGUCAGGCUUUGGCUGCAGGAGCUUAGAGACCUGGCUUAAGAGAUUGAUGAUGUACUCGACGAGUUUACCUAUCAAAAACUUGGGAUGAAGGCAAAAUUCCAAGAUCAGAUAAGUAGAAAGCUCUGCAAUUUGUUUACACCUUCCAUCCCUUUGCGUAUCGUCUCAAUAUGACCAAGAAAAUAAAAAACAUUAAUCUAUCCCUCAGUCACAUAAUGAGCAGGCUAGUCAAUUCGGGCUCCAAAGGAGAGUUGGGGAAAUGGUUGUUUUGCCUAGAGGAAACCUAGAGACCCACUCUUUAAUUGGUGAUCCAUUUCAUGUUGUUGGAAAGGGAUAUGAUGUCUCCAAGAUUAUUAACUUGUUGAUCAAGUCCAGUACUCAACAACCACAAAUCAUCUCUGUUAUGUCAAUUGUGGGUAUGGCAGGCCUUGGGAAGACUACUCUGGCUAAACUGGUAUGCAACAGUGAGCCAAUUCAACAUCAUUUUGGUAAAAUCAUGUGGGUUUGUGUCUCUAAUGAUUUCGAUGUGGAUAGAAUUCUGGUAGAGAUGCUUGAAUCUCUUACCAAAACCCCUUGUGCAUUUAGAAAUAAGGAUACGGUACUUCGAAGAAUACAAGAAGAAUUAGGAGAGGAAAGAUAUCUUCUCAUAUUUGAUGAUGUUUGGAAUGAAAAUGUUGAAAAAUGGGAAGAUUUAAAAGGUUGUCUGCUAGGAUUUAGUAGAAAUAAAGGAGUAAAAUCCUUGUGACAACUCGAAGUGAUAAUGUAGCAUCGGUGAUGGGAACACAUACUGAACAUAAGCACCAUCCUAAGAAAUUAGUUGAUGAUGAAUGCUGGUCAAUAAUCAAACAAAAAGUAUUUGGGAGCUCUUCAAUACCAGAAGAAAUGGAGGUUAUUGGAAAGGAUAUUGCUAAAAAGUGCAGAGGACUGCCAUUGGUUGCAAGGCCAUUGGUUGCAAGGGUUAUUGGAGGAAUUAUGAGCAAUAAAAGGGACAAAGAGGAGUGGUUGUCAAUCAAACAUUGUAACAUUUGGGAUUCGCUCGAAAGGAACAAUGGUAUUUUGCAUGUGCUAAAGUUAAGCUUCAAUCGCCUGCCGUCACCGUCUUUGAAGCGGUGUUUUGCAUACUUUUCGAAUUUCUCCAGGGAUGUUUACAUCGAACGGGAGCAGUUGAUUCAGCUUUGGAUGGCCAAUGGAUAUCUUGAUCCAUCCAAAGAAGGGAAUAUGGCCAUGGAGGAUAUUGGUAAUAUGCACUUUAAAGCUCUCUUAUCAAAUUCCUUGUUCCAAGAUGUGGAAAGGGAUGCCUAUGGGAACAUUGAAGUUUGUAAGAUGCAUGAUUUAGUGCAUGAUCUUGCAGUGUUCGUAUCGAAAGAAGAAACCAAGGUUUUGUAUAACGACUCCAUGAUUGAUACUUCUCGUAUUCGACAUAUGAGUGUUGUCUUUUAUGGGGAAUCGGUGCCAACAAUUUUAGAACAUGUUGCACACAAGUUGCACUCUUUGUUUUUGAACGUCGACAUUUUUUGCAAGUUUCCAGGAAAUCUUAAAAGCUUAAGGACUCUAAAAUUAACUGGAGUUCGCAUAAAAAAACUGCCAGGUUCCUUGGGCAAAUUAAAGCAUUUAAGAUUCUUUGACAUCUCAGCAACUAAUAUCACCAAACUACCAGAGUCCUUCUCUCAGCUUUAUAAUCUGCAGGCCUUGAGACUUUUGAAGUGUUCUCUAGAACAUCUUCCUAAAGGAAUGAGAAAUCUAGUUAGCUUGAGGCAUAUCUAUUUUGAUCUUGAAAAGUUAAUGCCAGUUGAUAUUGGACGCUUGACUUGUCUUCAAACGUUGCCAUUCUUCUUUGUGGACAAGGAAAAGGAAUGCCUGGUUAGCGAACUUGGAUGCUUAAGCCAGCUUAGAGGAAAAUUGAAGAUAUGCAACCUUGAAGAUGUAAAAGAUAAUGCAGAAGCCAGUAGAGCAAACAUGGAAGCAAAGACCAAAUUCUACAAGCUAAAACUGAAAUGGAGCUACAAAAGAGAACGCCCCAUAAAUGAUAAGGAAGUACUGGAAGGGCUCAAGCCUUGCUCAAAUCUGAAAGGUCUAACCAUUGUGAAUUAUUGGGGAGAUGACUUACCUUCGUGGUUGUCAAGUAGUGUACAUGGUUCUAAUCUCCCAUUUCCACUCAACAAUUUGGUGAAGUUAAAACUAAUCAAUUGCAGGGAAUGCCUUAAUCUUCCAUGUCUCGGCCAAUUAUGUAAUCUAACUGUGCUUGAAAUUGAUGAAAUGAAGAAGGUGAAGAGGAUAGGUCAUGAAUUUUAUUUCAAUGGUCAGGGUGAGGCAACCACAUCAUUUCCAGCUUUGAGAAGAUUUAUCUUAGUGGAAAUGGACAGCCUGGAAGAAUGGGUAGAUGAUUUGGAAUCGGUGAUAAUAGAGCAAGAAGGUGUUGAAAUAUGUAUAUAUUUUAAAUUUAAUUAGGUAGAUAAAUCUUAUUUGGAUAGAUAAGUUUUAUUCAUAUUCUAGAAAUGUUUUUAUUUUAUCUUUUAGUAGAUUACUAGAAUAAGGGAACUAUUUUCUUUUUAUGUUUUAGUAGUUUAUUAGAAUAAGGAACUAUUUUCCCAAUUAGGAUUAGGACUUUUUUUCUCUAUUUAAGUUCAAUUCUUUAGUUAAUAAGA